UUGAGAGCUUUCAAUUUGUUAGAUUCAAAACACUUUACCUGAUUCGAGAGUUAAUAUCGUCGACACUCUCUGGGCUCAAAUUGACAGUUCUCUCUCGAUCAGGAGGAAGAAGGAAACAGGGUGCGUUAAGGCUUUGUGUGUGUUGUUAGCGAUAAGUAGUAUCUGCCAAGGACUAAGAUGUCCCAGAAGCGAAAUCUUCCUUCUUGGAUCAGUUCAAGGGAUCCUCCUCAUCCUCAGCCUGAGAGUAAGAAGAAGCCCAAGGAUGAUGAUGAUGAUGAGCACAACAUUCGAAAUGCUCCUCAGUCAAGUUCAACUACCAUGGAUUUCUCUAAACUUCUGGAAGGAGUUGUUUUUGUGUUGUCGGGCUUUGUUAACCCUGAGAGGAGUACACUAAGGUCCCAGGCCUUGUCAAUGGGAGCCACUUAUCAGCCUGACUGGAACUCUGACUCCACCUUGUUGAUUUGUGCUUUUCCCAACACUCCUAAGUUCCGUCAAGUCCAAUCUAACUCUGGAACCAUUGUCUCUAAGGAUUGGAUAGCUGAGUGUUAUACGCAGAAGAAGUUGGUGGAUAUUGAGCAAUACCUUCUGCAUGCUGGAAAACCAUGGAGGAAGACCAGUGCUUCCCAAAAUACUACUAUUCGAGAAAAGAAGAAACAGUUGUCUAUAAAAUCAGAGGAGAAUCAAGUAGAGACAAAACCAGGAACAAGGGGAACGUCAUCUGCUUCAUCCAAGAAUAGACCAGCUUGCAAUACAGUGGAAGAGCCCUUUUCUGUUACCGAGGUGAAGAAGUGGGCAAGGGAUGACCUAACUGAAACCAUCUCAUGGCUAGAGAGUCAGGAGGAGAAACCAGCACCAGGAGAGAUCAAGCGAAUAGCUGCAGAAGGAGUCUUAACCUGUUUACAAGACGCCAUAGAUUCCCUUGAGCAAAAAAAGGACGUUGGAUCAGUGACGGAGCUGUGGAGCUUUGUCCCUCGCGUAGUGAAGGAGCUUGGAAAGAUGGAGUCUUCUUCAAAAACAGAAAACUCCACAGCUUCAAAGGAUCAACUCUGCAAACAAGCAAAGUCGUGGAAAAUGAUUUACGAGGCUGAGCUAGCACAAAAGGGUGAAGAAGCAUCGGGAACAAAAAGCAGAAGGACCUCUGGGGUUGCUUCUGGAUACGACAGUGAUGAAACCGUUGAAAUGACUGAAGAAGAGAUCGAUCAUGCUUACAGGAACGUUUCUUUAGAGUCAUCUAUUUAGAUCAAACUUGUUUCAUUUUGCUUGCAUAUGAUGAAAGAGCACAGAACGUUGCCUUUUCGGUUUGUUCGGUUUAGUUUUUAAUCUUUGCAGCUCGAAUCGAUUGCACUAAUUCGGUUUUUGAUUAUGAAUUGAUUUGCGGUUCUACAA